ACCGCUCUUUCUCGGUCGACGCAAUUAUUGACACAAGUAUUGACGCAAAUUCGACGGAAUGACCUUCCGCUGCGUGACCCAGCGCUGCGAGGCCGCCACGCUUCUCAUCGACAACGUCGACGAGACCGUGAGUAUCGGCAAAGGCCUCAUCCUCUAUGUGUCGUGGGCAAAAGGAGCGACCGCCGACGACUUGCCCAAGAUUGUCAAAUCGCUGCUAACGAUUCGCCUGCUCAGCGCUCCGUCGGGCAAACCCCAAAGCAUCUGCGAAGCGUCCACGGCGAGCGACGAGCCGGUCCAUGUGCUUGUCGUGCCCCAAGCGGCGCUCACCUCCAAGGUCCAGCGAGGCAAGAACUUGCAGUACCACGGGCAGCUCGGCAAGGACGAGGGCGCCGAGGCUCUGUAUCUCGCAUUCGUCCAGCUACUUGGCGAUAUGGCCAAGGACCUCGUGCAAGGUACAACGUCCGAGCCACGACUGCCCGUCAUCCGCGCCGGCACCUUUGGCAAUCGUCAAACGCUCGAGUUUCGAUCGGAAGGACCGUUCACGCACAUGUUGGAGAUGUAAAGAAGUGGAAACAAAAGCGGUCUCUAUGGUGGCGCUACGACUAUCUCG